AUGCCGGGUGUCCCAUCGGGUCGGGCCUGUGACGCGUGUCGCAAGCAGAAGAAAAAGUGCGAUGAAAAACAACCUGCGUGUGGGCGAUGUCUUCGUCUGAAAGUGAGCUGUGUGGGGUCCGGUCAGCAACGAUACAAGUUCAAACAGGAACAAUUUUCCUCCAAACCAAAUCAAAGCGGCCAAAUGGUUCUCUCUUCGAAAUCGAGACCAACAGAAGAGAUACAAUAUUCUUCUCAAAUCCCUCAAGCAUGUCCUGGCAAUAGUAUGACAUCAUUGACCAGUUCGUUCGUUGGCGCAAUAAAACGAUCCAGUGACCUCCGUUACAAUAUGUGGUGGUCUUUCGGCCUUUACUUGGAAGAAGUACCUAGACGACUCGGCAGUAACGAAGCACUUGACCGUGCAGUUGACGCUGUGACCACUGCCCACGCAGGCUUCUGCACGCGCCAACUAGCUUCGGUUGAGGCACUAGCCAAGUAUUCAUCUGCGCUCAAAACCCUAAGAGUCUAUCUAGAUGACCCCAUCCAGGCGAGUGCUUCUAGUACACUAUGUGCUGUGAUGAUACUUUUGAUCUGUCAAACUUUUAUGGGAAAUAAUGGGCGAAUGCUAUCAGGACAUGCCCAAGGGGCCGCCAACAUUCUACGCGCGCGAAAGAACUUUGGGCCACGCGACGACUUCGAGCAGAAAAUGUUCCUCUCUUUACGGGGAAGCGUGUUGUUCGAGGGUUUAUACAACGAUGCUAUCGACCUGACCCCCGAGGAAUGGGAUGCCUUAGCCGUCAACGACUUCGACCAAAACCUACCUGAAGGCCAGAUUUUGCGAUGUCUAGCACGAGCUCCAGUCCUGAUCAAACGUGGGAAACGAGCUAUACGCGACGGCGAAGAUUUGACACCCUUGAAAAAGGAAGUCCGACCAAUAUACGAAAAAUGCAAAUUGCUCCUAGCGGAAUUGAAAGCACGAACAGCCAAAGCUGAGACUUCAGAGCUCAUUACUAUGCCAGAAACAUUUAUGACCAAGAUCAUGCGAGCACAUUAUCUCCGCACCCAUGGAAUUGGUCUCGCAAUCACAGCAUUUUUCAAUUGCAUCCUGCAGGCAUUGGAUCCUAGUGACUACACCUGUGUGGUAGAAUCCAGAUCUCUUGUCAAAGAUACUCUCGUCCAUGCUCAGAAAUCCAAUAUGCACAGACCUAUUGGAGCAGGAUACAUAACAAUGUGUCUGUCAGCAGCGUGGGUUGUUACCUCAGACCCCCAACUGCGGUCAAUGGUAGAAGUCGCCUUGAUUGACUAUUUUGGCGACUUUGUGACCCAACAUGGUCUGAAUAUACCCCAUGAACUGGGAUGGAUAAACGAGAGCUUGUGUCUUGGAUCGACUCGUCAGAUGAAUGCAAUCUUUUCCCCCUGA